ACACAAGCGACAUGGCUCUGCGCGCGCUCCAUGCCCAGCCUACAGGCGGUCCUCAGCUGAGGUUCCUGCUGUUCCUGCUGCUCUUGCUGCUGCUGCUGUCAUGGCCAUCUCAGGGGGACGCCCUGGCAGUGCCUGAGCAGCGACGCUCCCUCUCUGAGUCCCAACUCAACCCCGACGAGCUACGGGGUCGCUUCCAGGACCUGCUGAGCCGACUGCAUGCCAACCAGAGCCGGGAGGACUCGAACUCAGAACCAACCCCUGACCCAGCUGUCCGGAUACUCAGUCCAGAGGUGCGAUUGGGGUCCCACGGCCGGCUGCUGCUCCGCGUCAACCGGGCGUCGCUGACUCAGGGUCUCCCCGAAGCCUACCGCGUGCACCGAGCGCUGCUCCUGCUGACGCCUUCGUCCAGGCCCUGGGACAUCACCAGGCCCCUGCAACGUGAGAUCAGCCUCCAGGGACCCCACGCUCGCGCACUGCGCUUGCGCCUGGCGCCGCCUCCCGACCUAGCGGUGCUGCCCUCUGGCGGCGCACGCCUGGAACUGCACUUACGAUCGGCCGCCGGCAGGGGGCGCCGAAGCGCACAUUUGCACCCAAGAGACUCGUGUCCGCUGGGUCCCGGGCGCUGCUGUCACCUGGAGACUGUGCAGGCAACUCUCGAGGACCUAGGUUGGAGCGACUGGGUACUGUCCCCGCGUCAGCUGCAACUGAGCAUGUGCGUGGGCGAGUGCCCCCACCUCUACCGGUCGGCCAACACGCAUGCGCAGAUCAAAGCACGCCUGCAUGGCCUGCAGCCCGACAGAGUGCCGGCCCCGUGCUGUGUCCCCUCCAGCUACACCCCGGUGGUUCUUAUGCACAGGACAGACAGCGGCGUGUCACUGCAGACUUAUGAUGACCUGGUAGCCCAGGGCUGCCACUGCGCUUGAGCACUGGGCCCUGCUCCUUACCUACACUCCCCUUCCAUGAUGCUAUUUAUAUUUUUAUUUAAUAAUAUUAUUAAUUUAUUGGGGUUGGGCUGGGUGGGUGGAUUGUGUAUUUAUUUAAAACUCUGCUAAUAAAGGUGAGCUUGGUUUCUA